CGAUGACACCCCCCAUGCCAGUGGAAACGGCCACCUGUGGUGCUGACGAUGGGCUCUGCCUGCGGCAUCCACGUGAACCUGGUCCAGGCAGCCAAGGCGGGGCACGUUGACAAGGUGCAGUUGUGCCUGGACAAUCAAGCCAACGUCAACUGGUGCGACAAGGCCAAGCGGACGGCCCUCCACUGGGCCUCCAUCAAAACCCGACCGGACGUUGUCAAGCUCCUGCUCGACAAAGGGGCGACUGUCGACGCCCCUGAAAUCAGAGGAUGGACGCCGCUCCACUUUGCGGCGCAGAGUGGCCACAUGGGCAUUGCCAAGAUGCUGCUCGACAAAGGCGCGAACGCCGACGCCGCUGAAAAAAGACGGUGGACGCCACUCCACAUUGCGUCGCAGCAUGGGCACGUGCCUGUCAUCGAGAUGCUGCUCGAGAAAGUUCUCCACGUCGACGCGCACGAAGGAGACGGGUGGACGCCCCUCCACAUUGCGUCGCAGUUUGGCCACGUUGAAGUCGUUGCGAUGCUGCUCGAGAAAGGCGCGAGCGUCGACGCGACUGAAAAAAAAGCGUGGACGCCCCUGCACUUUGCGUCUCAGUACGGCCAAGCGGACACGGUCAAGCUGCUGGUCGAGAGAGGCUCGUACAUUGAUGCGGUGGAAGAAGACGGAUGGACGCCUCUCCACAUUGCGUCGCAAAACGACCACGUCGAUGCCGCCAGGAUGCUGAUCGAGACAGGUGCCAACGUGAACGCCACUUCGAAUGAUGGGAUGACACCACUCCACCUUGCCGCAAGGAACGGCCGCAUCCGAAUUGUCGAGACGUUGGCGGCAGGAGGAGCAGACUUGUUUGCGAAAUCCAAGCGGGGGUUCACUCCGCGAGACCUGGCCAUGUUACGAAAUCAACCGGCCGUGGCGAAUGCCCUCGGCAAGUGCGCACAGGAACGACCGGUGACGUAUUUUCGCGCCGGCCACCUCGCCAUGGCCGAGAAACACGCGGUGCUGGCCAUCGCGGCAAUGAACGUCAACAAGUCGGCGUUUGCAUGGAUGGGAGGCUGCUUGCUUCAGCAGCGCAAGCACGACGAAGCCAAGGCUGCGUUCAUGUUAGGUCUGGAAAAAGAUCCAAGCGAUGCGGACUGCGCGUUCGGGCUGGCCAAUCUACCACCGACUGCCGCCGAGCCCGAUGGCUCUUCACCGGAAGCAGUGCGCCUCUUGGACAGCAACGAGUGCGUGAUCUGCAUGGAAAAGCCUCGCACCGCUGUGUGUGUCCCGUGUGGCCACUUGGCGGGAUGCUACAAUUGCCUCCUUGUCGUGCAAAGGAAGGGCGGAUGUCCGAUCUGCCGAAGUGCUAUUGCUGCUGUCGUUCGCGUGUACGGGUGCUAAUGACCAUCCCAAUAUAAAAACCUCGCGCAUGCUUCGUUC